CGUUCGAGCAUGUCCGGAGACAGCGGCAAAAACUGAAUAGUUACAGUUUUUCACGAGUUGUCGCAGGAAAGCGUAAACAUUCUUCUUCCGCGAGGAUGAGUGCUUCCGGGCUCUCGGAUUUUGUGCGAGCAUGCCAUUUCGCUGCGGUCAAGCACACAAAUCAGCGAAGGAAAGACGAGGCGCAAACACCUUACAUCAAUCAUCCGCUUGGUGUGGCGAAUCAUUUGGUGGAUUGCGGUCUAUCGGACCCGGCUCUACUUUGUGCAGCCGUUCUCCACGACACGGUCGAGGAUACCGAUACCACUUUCGAAGAGAUCAAAGACCAUUUUGGACAAGAAGUGGAAGCUCUCGUCCGGGAGGUCAGUGACGACAAGUCGUUGCCGAAGAUGAAACGGAAAGAACUGCAGAUUGAGCAUGCGCUCCAUGCGAGUCCCAAAGCGAAACUCAUCAAACUGGCCGAUAAGCUUUACAAUCUCGAGGAUCUCCAAAGAUGCACACCCAAAGGCUGGACAGAGGAUCGAGUGAACGCAUAUUUUGAGUGGGCGCAGAAAGUUGUGACAAAUUGUAAGACCGGCGAAAGCCCGAUGUUGGAAGAGAAAGUUCAGAAAGUUUUGAAUAGCCACUUCAAUAAAAAAUGAUUCGUUUGUU